AUGUCGAACCCAAAUCGAUACUCGGUUUUUUCGACCCAGUCCGCUGGUAUCUCCGGAGGUCCUACACCGACCUCUCACCAUACGACCCAGGUCUCGACCACAACGCUACUAAAUGCUCUGCACUCGUUCUAUAAUGCCGGUCAGCCCUAUCAACUAGACUCCAGCACAAGUUUGGUCGUCAAUACAUGGGUAACUGCGGCAACAAUUCUACCGGAUGGGCGGAAUGGAGCUACCAUUGAUCGUGAUUUGGCUGUCCGAGCGUGGGAGCAUGCCCGUCGGCGAGCAGAAGAUGGAUGUAUCGUUCUCAGCUCCCUCCAUCAGUCUACCCCAUCGUUAUUGGAGCCAUUCAUCGCAGCCCUCCCAAUUCCCACCCCCGCGACCACUUUCACGGCCCUCGCUGCACUUCGACCAUUCCUGACGGCUGUGACUUCCUUCAAUCCAUCGUACUCCCUACACUCCGCCCUCUCUGUUUCAUUUACAUUGACCCUUCAGGGCACCGUGGUCGGUUCAUCUCUAGCUCUUUCGACGUCUGGCAUCAACGUACAACGGGGUCUCCUCGAGAUCCCGAAUGAGGCUGGAUACCGUGCCUUCGAUGUUUUCUACUACCUCCUGACCUCUGCUUCCACCCCCGCAGAACGUGAAUUUCUGGACCUGAAAGAUCCCUCCGCGUACGCUCUACUCAGCCGAUCUGGAUCCUAUAAUUCUCCCCUUUAUCUCCCCACCGCAGAUGAUACAGCAUCUGCGGAGGAUCUUCGAGCCAACCUCAAGGCCCUUGGCAUAAAAGGCGCCACUCAACGAAAUUUGCUCUCCGUCCUUGCCGGUCUCCUCAAGCUUGGCAAUGCUGUUGGUCUCAUGGUGGACCAAGAAGACUUGGAGGACGUCUGUGAGGACGUCGGUGGUCUUCUUGGAAUCGAUCCCGAGGUGUUACUUACUAAUAUAUCUACAGAUGAGCGCGAAAUCCUCAUUGCGGGCAUUUACGAAGCCCUCGUGGACUGGCUCAUUGAAAAAGCAAACCAGGCUAUUGCAGCUGAUAUUCAAGUGACUCUGGAAAACGACUCCAACAAUGGAGGCCCAGCCCAAUGGUCUAACGAGGACACUGUCGGUUUGACCGUCAUCGACAUUCCCCGUCCUGCUUUGGGCAAAGCAAUUGCAAUGAGGGGUGUUUUCGAUGAUGACCUCGGUAUCAACGCUGAGAUGAAAGAGGAUGGAGUCCCCGUCCCGGCAGUUGGCCAGUCGGUCAUGAACGAAAUGAAUACUGCUGUGGCGCAGGUAGAGGCUGAUCUCGGAGCCACCGGCACUCCCGCUGCCCGAGAGCGUGAUCACGAACAAGAUAAACGGCAGGGAGUCUUGGAGAAGGUCGGAUUGGAAGCUGAAGCUGAUUCAGUCCUGCGGCAGCUUCUGUUCCCCGUCGAGAACGAGGGCAUAUCCCUUGGCAAACGGGGACGUUUCGAUCUUCCGACCACCCUUGGCAGCAGUCGUGUCUGGUACCAUCUUUCUAUCCACCCUACCGAUGACUCCCCAGAACAGCUUGUCAAUUCAAGUACAGCUUGGUCAGCGGGUACAGUCUCACGCCAGCUACGAGACUGGCGUCUUCCUGAAUGGGCCAAUCGUCGUCUGAAGCAGCUUGAUUUCACCGCCGAUUUCGAUGUGGAGGAGUUCGUAGCCCGAUACUCUAGACUUGGUUGUGCAGAAGGUCAAGAUGGCGUUGAAAGCUGGAUACUUGAGAGGGGUUGGAGCAACGGCGAUGCCAUUGUGGGAAAUCAGCGAAUCUGGAUGAGAGAGGGUGCAUGGUGGGAAGCUGAGAGCAUGCUCGAUCUUAAGCCUGACGAAACCUAUGCAAACCCUUUCGGAUAUGGCGCUACUGCCUACGAACCAGGUCUGACCCCAGAUGGCCAUCCCAUCGGCGAGUCUUCCAACUUGCUGGGUAGUCGAGAUGACCUAUUGAUGAAUCAGUCUGGUAUGGUGGCGCCGAGUGUCAUGGGAGGUGCCAAGUCGAUUGCCCCCAGUAUGCCCUACACCAACGCCGGCGGUGUUGGUGACUAUGGUCUCGGCCACAAAGGUGAUGAUAAUAAGGGUGACAUUGCAUACUACGACGAUUACGGGCGCUACAUUGGCGAUCUCGAUGCUGAGUUGGGUGAACCCAAGCACAUCGAGAAGAAACCCAUUACUUGGAAACGUCGAGCAUGGGCAGGCGCCACCUGGGCCCUCACCUUCUGGAUUCCAUCCUUCGUCCUUAGAUAUAUUGGUCGUAUGAAGCGCCCCGAUGUUCGCAUGGCGUGGAGGGAAAAGGUUGUUCUAUUCCUUAUCAUCUUGUUGUUCAACGCCUUGGUUUGUUUCUACAUUAUUGCCUUUGGUGAUGUUUUGUGUCCCAACAAAGACAAGGUGUGGAAUACACAAGAAGUCUCUUGGCAUACCACAAGUAGCGCUUUCUACGUUAGUAUCCAUGGUCGAGUUUACGAUAUCUCCAAGUUUUACACACUGCAGCACAGCGACAUCACGGGAGAGGACACGUCCGCAUCGGUCAUGCAAGAUUUUGCUGGUUUAAAUCUGGAUGCAUACUUCCCUCCACCACUCACCCAAUACUGCGGCUCAUUUGUCAAUAGCGAAUCCAUCACGCUUCAAAACAACGACACCAGCGCUAUUGUCUAUCCUACCGCCAAGCACAAUUGUGGUCCUACCAACUUUCCACAAACCAGCACCAAGCUUCACAAGAUCACCUGGUAUGGCGAUGUCUUUUUGCCGAAGAUUGCCGAUUAUUACAAAGGUCCGUUGGUAUGGACCAAGAAGACUAUCCAGAAGCAAGCUAGCUCGGAUUCACGCUAUUGGGUUAUUCUGAAUCAGAAGGUGUAUGACCUCACGGACUACUUCUACACCCUUGACGAAAUGAACGACAUCGAUAGUUAUAGCUUCCUACCAAGCGCCGUUACUACACUUUUCAAAAACUACGCUGGAACUGAUGUUACAGAUAAAUGGCAAGAUACGACUGAGUUCAAGAACGCCGAGAGGUGCCUGAACUACGUCUUUUACAAGGGUAUCGUAGACUUCCGAGGCGAUGCCCGGUGCACUGUGAACAACUGGCUCCUCCUCUCGUUCACCAUUCUCAUUUGCUCUGUCGUCCUCAUCAAGUUCUUGGCAGCCUUGCAGCUUGGAUCUAAGCGAGUCCCGUCGCCCCAAGACCGCUUUGUGAUUUGCCUUGUCCCUGCUUACACCGAAGGUGAAGACGCUCUCCGUAAGGGUCUGGACUCUUUGACUGCUUUGCAGUAUGACAACAAGAGAAAACUGCUCUUCGUCAUCUGUGAUGGUAUGAUCGUCGGUGGAGGCAAUGACCGACCCACGCCCAAGAUUGUACUCGAUAUUCUGGGAGUUGAUCCCAAGGUUGAUCCACCGGCACUGCCGUUCAAGUCUAUCGGCCAGGGUAGCGACCAACUGAACUACGCCAAGGUCUUCUCUGGGUUGUAUGAAUUUGAAGGAAACGUCGUUCCCUACAUUGUGGUUGUCAAGGUCGGCAAAGAAUCUGAGCAGAGAAAGUCCAAGCCGGGUAACCGUGGUAAGCGAGAUUCUCAGGUUCUCUUGAUGAAAUUCUUGAAUCGUGUCCACCACCGCGCCCCCAUGUCCCCUAUGGAACUGGAGGUCUUCCAUCAGAUCAACAACAUCAUCGGUGUCGAUCCAGAGUUGUAUGAGUAUUGUUUCAUGGUCGAUGCGGAUACCAGUGUCAAAGAAGACUCCUUGAAUCGUUUGGUUGCAGCAUGUGCGGCAGAUGCAAAGAUUGUUGGUAUCUGCGGUGAGACCAGUCUCCAGAAUGAAGAAGGAAGUUGGUGGACCAUGAUCCAAGUCUAUGAAUACUACAUUUCGCAUCAUCUUACCAAGGCAUUCGAGUCCCUGUUUGGCAGUGUCACCUGUCUUCCUGGAUGUUUCUGCAUGUAUCGUCUUCGCACAGCUGACAAGGGUCGCCCUCUCAUUAUUUCGGAAAAGAUUAUCGACGAAUACUCGGACAAUGAUAUUGACACGCUCCACAAGAAGAACCUUUUGUCUCUUGGAGAGGAUCGUUUCUUGACCACACUUAUGAUGAAACACUUCCCAGCAAUGCGAUACAAGUUCCUCCCUGGUGCAUUCGCACACACUGCUGCCCCGGAUACCUGGAGUGUGCUCAUUUCACAACGUCGUCGCUGGAUUAACUCAACCGUCCAUAAUCUGAUGGAACUGGCAGCUCUUCAGGACCUAUGUGGUUUCUGCUGCUUCAGUAUGCGUUUCAUCGUUCUGAUGGAUCUGGUCGGAACAGUUAUUCUUCCUGCUACUUGUGUUUACCUAGGCUACUUGGUUUACUUGAUGGCUGAUAAAAGCCAGCCCUUCCCAACGAUCUCAAUUGCCAUGUUAGCGGGUAUCUAUGGUCUUCAAGCAUUGGUUUUCCUCAUUAAACGCCAGUGGCAGCAAAUUGGCUGGAUGAUCAUCUAUCUUUUGGCUUUCCCUAUCUUCAGUUUCGUCCUGCCCUUGUACUCCUUCUGGAAACAAGAUGAUUUCACCUGGGGUAACACUCGUGUGGUCAUCGGUGAGUCAGGUGACAAGCGUGUCAUUGCCGUUGAAGAUGAGCCAUUUGACCCUCGAAGCAUUCCUUUGCAGCGCUGGGAUGACUAUGCUGCCUUCAACAACCUGCCUGGCCGACGUGGCGACGCAGGUGCGAAUGAGAAGUUCUACCCGACUCAAUACGUGGAUGAACAAGCUAUGGAGAUGGAUGAGAUGCAAUCGCAGUACUCGUCUGUCAAGCCAGCUUCAACUAUCCUAACUGGCUUCCCUGGCCCUGGCCAGCACGCCAGUCCCUACAUGCCUCCUCAAUCGCCCGCACCAUUCGUUGGCAGCAACGUGCCUGGCAACCGUAACUCGCACAUGUCCAACUUCUCUCGUUACACCGAUCUUCCUCAUAUGGGCGGUCAAAAUCCUGCUGCCGCAUCUCGACACAUGUCUGUCGGCAACUUGAGCGCCUACCGAGACAAUCCCAACAACGCCAGUCGCCACAGCAUGGGGCUCAUGGCAAGCACUGACAACCUUCUGGGUGGCUCGCGCUCCCGCAGCCCCCUUGCACAGUAUCCAUCUCGACCAACCAGUACUGCCUUUGAUUUCCGCAACUCAGCCAUAGGCUUUAGUGUGGAUGAACAGUCUAUCACCGAUGCCAUCCGUGGAUGUCUCGCAGAGGUUGAUCUUGACACAGUUACUAAGAAGCAGGUCCGCGCCCUUGUCGAGCAACGCUUGCAAGCCCAGCUCACUGGCGAGAAGCGAGCCUUCUUGGAUCGCCAGAUCGAUCAAGAACUGGCUAACAUGUGA